AUGGCAAAUUUGGGAUUGAUGAAGUACUUUCUUGGCAUGGAGAUAACUCAGGCUGCCGGUGAGAUUUUUGUGUGUCAACAAAGAUAUGCAACCGAGCUUCUCUUAAGGUUUGGAAUGGAGAAUUGCAAACCAGUGAAUACUCCUCUUGUUCCCAACCUGAAAUUAAGCAAAACAGAUGGUGCAGAGAGGGUUGAUGAAGGGAAAUACAGAAGCUUAGUGGGAAGUCUGCUGUAUUAUACAGCCACCAGACCUGACCUUAUGUUCACAGCAAGUUAUCUCUCAAGGUUUAUGAGCAACCCAAGUGAAUUGCACCUUAAGGCUGCAAUACAUGUGCUGAGAUAUGUAAAGGGAACUAUCAUGUUAGGCAUCUGUUUUAGGAAGGCUGAAAGUCUGAAAUUGUUGGGGUACACUGAUAGUGAUUGGGCUGGAUCCCUGGAUGAUGCAAGAAGCACCUCUGGUUAUGUGUUUUAUCUGAAUAAGGGUGCAAUCAGUUGGAUAUCAAGGAAGCAAGAGACUGUGGCACAGUCUACUGCUGAAGCUGAAUAUGUCUCUGCUGUAGCAGCAGUGAACUAA